UCUAAGUGUUUAACAUUGAAUUGAAGUGGUGAUAUAAUGUAUGCACACAAUUUAUUCCAAAUACAAACCCGAGAUUAAAACUAGUACAUAGUUAUUUGACAUUAGAAAUUAAAGUACAUUAAUUAGCAGAUAAUAUAAAAAUAUUAUAUGUGAGACAUUCAUAGCAAAACUACAAUUACAGAUUAAAAAUAACAACCUUAUGUAGGCCUAUAUAUACCUUUCAAUAUCCAGAUGUCGUCUUUUUUUCAACAUCUCUACCUUAUAUACUCAUCUUUGACUUCACACCUUUGUGCACUCAGCUGUGUUCCUGCAGGGGUUAUUUUCAGUUUCAGUAGACUUUACAUUUUGAGACGUCAGAAUGUCCUGUGUUUGCACCAUUUUACAGAAAAAUGGCCAGCUUUUGUGUCUCUGCAUGUCUAGAACAAAUAUAAAGUACUUGCAAGAUACAGAUUAUGAUGCAUGAUCCCCAGAAAUGUAAUGGUUUGUUUAUAAUAUCUCAUUUUAUUGUAUGAUGAUUGUUAUUGUAUGCUGAUUCGUGCAUUAAAGAUAUAACUAAACUGCUCAUUUUAGAGCACAUUUGUUGUGUUUAAAGGAAUAGUAGUUUGGAAAUUUCUGCCAUCAGAAAUGAUGAUAAAGAUGCACUUCAUUUCAUUUGUUUAUUAUUAUCGCUAGAAACAGGUGUCCUAUUUGGAAAAGCAUUGACACCAUUGAAAGGGUGUCCUUUUUAACUUAUUUUAAUACAUUUGGUUCAUUCUUACAUUUAAUUCAUUAUUUAAAGCUUUAUUUGCAUAAAAAGUCCCCCAUGAAUAGCUUUGCACCAGCUGUAACCAAUGGCAGAGUUUGGCAGCUGGCCUGUUUAGAGCCUGUCAGCUGUCUCAGCUGCCCCCAGAAGUGACAGUCGGCUCUCUGUAUAGACUAUCUAACUGUUGCAAAAUAUUUUAAUGUCAUUGGGGGAGGUCAUCUUUAGCUUGAUGAGGGGGCUGGUCAACAGGGGUUCAUAUAUGCCUCUGCAAUGGAGCAAGUGGAGACUUGCAUUAUAUGGUGGACAAAGGGCCCUUUUUGAAGUUCUAGAGCUAUCUGUACACCAAUUUAAAUGGUAUAGUCCAAUUUGAACACCCCUCCAUAUCAAGUUUAAAAUGGAAGUGCCUCUUUUGCAGUGUUUGCUGGGAAGAAGAAGUACAGUCAGGAUUGGGGCUAUGAAGACGAAGUUGGCAAUCUGAAGAGGUACUUGGAAAAAGAAAACAAGAUCUCCAUUUGGGACAUCCAUUUUUCUCACUGCAAUUUAUUCAUUCUUGUCUACAAGUGACAAGAUCCAUAGCUGAACUUGGCAGAACGCAUUGCAGCCAUUUUCCAUGCAGGGUGUGUGCGUGUUCUUCAGAAAGAGGAUUGCGGAAAAGCUGCAUACUUUUUUUUUCCCCUUCUAAACCAAUCAGCAUUGCUGUGGUAUGAGUCACUCCCACACCCUUCCCUUUUAUGACAAAGAGGGGAGGGGCUGUUUCUCAGACCGGACAGUGAAAUGGUGGCUGCUUGUACAAACAGCAGCAGCACCACUAGGAACUGAGCAGCUACAGACACAUUUACAGUAUCAGCCGAGACUGAAAGCCUAGAAGAACCAAAGAUUCAGACCCAUCUAUGGCAGAAAAACAGCAGAUCAAAGCGACUGCGGUCAAAGUGCUGUGCUAUGUGGAGAAGAUCUCCUCCUUCGCCUCCAACAUAGACCCUCUCUUUGGGAUUGUGACCUCAGUGGUUGGGGUGGUUAGGAAAGGCCUUGGGGAUGAGGAGGACAAUGAGAUGGACAAGGACUUCAAACAGAUCCAUCAGAAGCUGGAAACCAUCUCAGAGAAGAACAAGCAGACCCUGCGGCAGAUCCGCAUCGACGAAAUCAACGAGACUUAUGGUAAACAUGAGGAAAUCAUCAAGCAUCAGUACACGGCUUUCAACAACAUGCUGGAAAAGGUUAAACUGGACCCUGACAACUCAGAUCGUCACAUGAAGGAUUUUGUGAAGAUCUAUGAGAAUGAUAAGAUGGAUCUCAGCUUAGAUACGUAUUACCGUGGAGUGAAGGGUGCCGCUCUGUUUGGGAAGCCCAUGCUGCAGGUUUACCUGGAGAACUGCCAAAGAAACAAAAAGGUGAUGGAGGCCCGUUGCUCUCACAUCGCACACCUGUUCUACAUCGGUCUAAUGGCACUGAUGGCCUACUACGCCGUCACUGAAGAUGACGAGGAUGAAGUGAGAGACAAAUGGUGCCCGAGGGUCACUGAAAUUCAAGCCAAGAUGCAAGAAGUUCUGGAACAGUGCACUGAGGAAAACUGAAGUGGGAACAUUGCACUGAACGAUUGCUGAGACUAUUCAUUUCAUAUGCUGAAAGUCUUGAAUUAGGAAGUUUAAAUAAAUAGCGUGGGGUGUAAAAUGGGUGAAUCUUUUCCUGCUUGCCAAUGGACUUUUCAAUGCAAUACUGAAGUAGUGCAAAGUUCUUAACACUGUAUAUCGCAGUUACAGUUUUUUUUUUUUUUUUUUUUUAUGUUAAGCAUGUUUUGGUCAUAACUGUAGCUGAAUAUAUUGCAAAAAAACAAAUCAUAUGAGCCUUUAAUGCGAGUUACACAUGUUCAUAUGAAUUAUUAUAUAAUUGUUUGCUUAUGUUUUGUGGAACAUCUCUGAUUCUUUGCACAAUAAAUGAAUCUAUUUUUUUCUGUCA